AUGGUCAUCGAGCGAGCUGUAGCGCUAUGGAAACGCCAGCACUACGAGUCCUAUGGUCCGAAACUAGGAAUAAUUUCAGCAAUCGUUUCGGUUGCCGUAUCAUUCAGUGCUACGGCGUGGGCGGCGCAGAAUGAAGACUUCACGCCGCAAAGCUUCUACUGUUCCUCCUCCGUGGAGGAAACUGCCUACCGGCUUAUGUUACUGACAUUUGCACUUUCUAUAAUCGACUUGAUUACGCUAGUUGGAAUAAUAGCUCUGAAUAUUUUCAACAAUUAUACUAUGAAAUGGUAUGAAUUGGAACACUUAAAAGCGUUAAAAAUGUCUUUUCUUCAACAGUCGUAUCAACUACGAGAAAAUGCAAGCGUUAUUCGAGUGAUGUUGCCGUUGACCGUCUUCCAGACCAUGUGCUAUUUGAUUUUUAGUAUUGGCUACCCCGUGGUGUUUGCAUAUCGCAGUCAUAUGUCGUUUGCCACUUAUCGAACAAUUCUUACGUCAUGUUAUGUUAUACCCUUUUACACCACAAUUUCUCCCAUACUAAUGUGGCUUAUUAUCAGAUGGUCGAAAAAAAUGAAGGCGAUCAAGCUACAGAAGCUCAGAAUUGAAACAAAAUCGGAGAGAGAUGUUUAUUUCCAAGAAUUGAAAAGGGUUUGGAACGCUGUUCCUCCGAAUAAAUGA